CCCAGUGGCCUGCAAGGUGACCCGGUCAGGAAGUGCGGCUUCCAUGCCAUUCAAACACGAUUGGACUCCAAUAACAUCUUUCUUUCUUCCUUUCUUCCACCAAAGCCUUUGAACUGGUCAAGCACUCCAAGCUUGCCCAACUUUUGUCAACGAAGAAAGUCAUGUUCUUCCAAUCACUGAAAAGUUCCAAAUUCGUCAUUCAUGGCGUAUGCAUUCAAUUCAAAUGACCAUAAAUUCUGACACCAUAUGACUUUUCAUUACCGGCCAUAAUUCAUCUCAAAUCUCGCUCAAAUCAAAAUCGCUUCUCGAUUAGUUCUUCUACAGGAUGCAGAGUAGUACUCCUCAAAAACAAGCUACACAAAGUCCGGCACAACAAGUACCAACGGCGGCGAGGACUUCACUCACCAGAUCGGGAAGUAUGGUGACGGGGAAUCGGGGACGUAAGAACAACCAUGUCUUAGCGUCUCCUAGAGCCGGGCGGGCGGUUUGUACGUGUUCCAACCAUCCUGGAUCAGUCAGGUGUACCCGGCACGGUUACGCGGUGCCUGAAACGUCGUCGAGGAGGCGUUAUGGGAGCAAAGAGGUCUUGGUCAGGAGGGCCUUGACGCCACCAACUCGUAGGUUGAGCCUUCGGUGGUGGAAUUUCCGGCCAACGCCGAGUCGGCUCUCAAACAUGUCUGUGGCUUAACUUGUGUUGAUCCUCCUCUGCUUUGACUUGAGAUAGAUAGUUUUGGUGCCAUCCAUGCAUGAUGGUUGCAGAACUUCUGAUAUGUACCAGGAAAGCUUAACAUAUAUAUAUAUAUAUGUAUGUAUAUAUAUUGGAUAUUGGAGAGUGUUGUCCUAGACUUUUAACUUCUUUGUAAUUAUCCAGAGGAUUGCAGACAUUUCUUUGUUAAUA